CAUCAUCAUCCAAAAAUACAGCUUCUCCUUCUUCUUCUUCUUCUCCUUCAUUGUCUCUCUCCCUCUCCCUCUCCCUCUCCUGUGUGGAGCCCAAACGGGUCCUCUGCUUUGCUGGCGUCCGAGCUUCAUCCAUGGCUGCUCUUUAAUGGCCUUUGUCCUCUGAGAGAGACCGCUGCUUCUGCCUUCACUUGCCCCAAUCAACAGAUACUCUCUCUCUCUCUCUCUCUCUCUCUCUCGCUUUGACAUCUCCUUUUCACUUCUUUCUCUCUCUCUCUCAUCUAUGUCUGCUCUUCCAUCAUCUCAUCAUCUCCACAGAAGAAGAGAGAGAGAAGAAGAAAAAUAUACAAUCCAAACCGACUCCAAUCCCCUUGAUUUGAUGGAUCCACAGAUCUAGCCAGCUCCUUCCCUUCAGAUCUCUUCCGUCGUCGUCUUCUUCUUCUUCUUCUUCUUCAAUUAUAAAGGUCAAAAGAUUCUUUCCCUACCUUACCCACUCUACUAAUAUAUGACGUAUCUUGGAUGCGUCUGCCCCGCUGUUUUCUUUGAAAAAGUUCCCGAUUUAUUGUGACCACCGAUUUUCGGGUUUUUUUUUUUGAAAAUUGGAGUUGGACCUUCUGGAUUUGUAGUGCCUGACCCGAACAGUAGUUGUUCGAGAAAAAAGUGAAUUUGACCACUCUUUUGUCAAAGUCCAAAGUCCCCCGUCCUUGCUUAGCUGUUGAUUUUUCUCACAAUUCUCGGCCGUACUGAGCAAUUGAACAUAAAGCUGGCCUUCUAAUUCAUCCGUUUUCCAUGAUCUGCUAGGUUUUCAUUCCCAAUUCGGGUUUAUCUGGGGUGAGGGUUUCGGCGGCUCUUCUCUAAAUGUGGAGAAUUUGUAGGGCGAUUUGGGUGAAAUGAGGUAUGUUAUCUGGGUUCAUGAACUUUCUCAGGGCCUGUUUUCUGCCGAGGUCGGAUCGAUACGUGCAUUCGGGUUCAGAUGCUGGGGGUCGCCAAGAUGGGCUUCUCUGGUACAAAGAUGCAGGCCAGCAUUUUAAUGGCGAAUUUUCCAUGGCCGUAGUUCAAGCAAAUAAUUUGCUGGAGGAUCAGAGCCAGAUUGAGUCCGGCUGCUUGAGCGCGCAUGAAUCCGGACCUUAUGGAACCUUUGUUGGGAUCUACGACGGCCAUGGGGGCCCCGAGACUUCGCGCUAUAUCAACGAAUACCUUUUCCAGCAUCUCAAGAGGUUUACUUCUGAGCAACAAUCUGUAUCAGUGGAGGUUGUACAAAAGGCUUUCCAAGCCACCGAAGAAGGUUUUCUCUCUCUUGUCGCCAAUGAAUGGCCAAUAAAACCACAAAUUGCAGCAGUUGGGUCAUGCUGCCUGGUUGGUGUUAUUUGCAAUGGGACCCUUUACAUUGCCAACCUUGGUGAUUCCCGUGCUGUUUUGGGGAGGCUUGUCAAAUCAACAGGGGAGGUUUUGGCUGUUCAACUCUCGGCAGAGCACAAUGCAGCUAUAGAGUCUGUGAGACAGGAGCUUCAUUCUACGCACCCAGAUGACUCACAAAUUGUAGUUUUAAAGCAUAAUGUAUGGCGUGUGAAGGGCCUUAUACAGGUUUCAAGAUCUAUUGGCGAUGUGUAUUUGAAAAAGGCUGAGUUCAACAGGGAACCGUUAUAUUCAAAGUUCCGUCUACGUGAGCCCUUUAGAAGGCCGAUAUUAAGCUCAGAACCAUCAAUUUCAGUGCAUCAACUGCAGCCACACGAUCAGUUUAUUAUAUUUGCAUCAGAUGGCCUCUGGGAGCACCUAAGCAACCAGGAAGCAGUUGAUAUCGUGCAAAAUCACCCUCGAAGUGGAAGUGGAAGAAGGUUAGUGAAAGCUGCCCUACUAGAAGCGGCUAAGAAGAGAGAAAUGAGGUAUUCGGAUCUGAAGAAGAUUGACCGGGGGGUCCGUCGGCAUUUCCAUGACGACAUUACAGUGAUUGUGGUGUUUCUGGAUUAUUCGAAUGUGGUGAGCCGGGGCAGCUCAGCCCUGAUGAGUUGCAACCUGUCUGUGAAAGGGGGCGGAGUCAAUCUGCCUUCUAACAGCCUUGCCCCUCGCACGGCCCCCGCCUAAGCCGGCCGGCACUUCCCAGGGGAAGAUGUUCCUCCGAAUGCAUGCAGCAUGCGUAAUGUGGUGGUGGUAGUAGUAGUAGUAGUAGUGUGAAUAUCAUGAUCAGAAUCUGAAGAGCAGGCCUUCAAUUCAUUUUUAAAGUAAGUAGUACACUGUAACCUUUUUUUAACACCGAACAAAUUCUACUACUACUACUACUACCACUACUUCUAGCGCUAUUUGGAGGUUUACUUAAGUUACUUUAUAGCUAACCGCCCCCAAGAAAGACCUCUGUGGGGGAACAAGGAGAACAAUCGCAUACCGUUGAUAUGAUCAUGCUUUGCUGUUGUUGUUGUAGUAGUAGUAGUGCUAGUAGUGUAGAAGGAGGAGCAGCAGCAGCAGCAGCUUCUGCUGCUUUAUCUUUUAUCUUUUUUAUACCUGGGUCCUGUAUUAUUUGUUUCUAGCUGCCUUUCCCCUUUGGACCUUGCAGAUAGAUCUGUAUAUGGUUUCUGUUGUCAUUUUCAAGCAUCGGGCAGAAGCCACUCCCCAUUGCUUGAACUUUUUUUCUUCAUUUUAUCCGGAUGCAGCAUCCAUUAUUUGGCCUUUUGACAA